AUGGAACUGGAAAACAACAAGGUCGCCCUUGGCACUUGUGAAGCCGCCAAAACCCAAGUGGAGGCUGAACUGACGACUUCAAAGGCCUCCAUCCAAUCGCUUGAGGAACAACUCCAGAAUCAGAAGGAGACCUCAGACAAGGAGUUGGAGACUUUGAAAGCUGCUUCUAGUUCGUUGCAGGCAUCAAAAACAGCCUUGGAAGCAGAACACAAGGAGCAGAAGGAUUUGGUAGCUUCACUUGAAGAACAACUCGAAAAGCAAAAGCAACUAACAGAUGCAGAGGCAGAAUCCAAGGCUGAUGUCGAAAGAAAACUUCAAGAAGCGCAGGCGUCAGAGCUGGCUUUGAGGAACAACCUUGAGGCAAAAAUGGCGAUAGAACCAGAGUCAAAGGCUGAUGUCUCGACUGACGUGGCUGAGAGGAAGUCAGACUCUGAAAAGAACCAGGAAAAGGAAACCUUGGAAAAGGAGUUGGAGGCGGUGAACGCUGCUUCCAGUUCUCUAGAAGCCUCGAAAGCGGCUCUGGAAGCGGAGCUAAAGGAGCAGAAAGAUUUGGUGGCGUCACUGGAAGAAAAGUUCCAAAAACAGCAGGAACUUACAGAUGUGGCGGCAGAAUCCAGGGCUGCCAUGGAAAAAAAACUUCAAGAAGCAGAGGCCUCAGAGACAAGCAUCAGAUCGGAGCUUGAAGCAGCCAAGACCUCCGCAUCUCAACAGACGGCUGCAAUGGAAGCAAAAUUGCAAGAAUUUGAAGCAUCCCACACUGCCCUCACCAGCGAGUUGCAGCGGUCCAGGGCAGCAGAAGCUGCCUCUGUGGAACUGAAUGGAGAAUUAAUGAACCAAAUGCAAGAUGCAGAUGAUCGGGCCUCAUCCCUGACCGUGGAGCUUAUUGCUGCUAAGGACAGCCUGCGCUCGUGCCAGAACUUUAAAAUCGCUUUAGAGGGCGGUUUGAUGGACUUCAAGGAGAGGCUACGACGCGUGCUUGAGCCAGAGGAGGGCGAUGCAUUUGCAGGACACUCGCGGCGCCAGUCCAUGGCAUCUUGGUGCCAAAGGCGACAGGAGUUUGACCCGUGGUUGGAGGUGAAGGAAGCAGUGGCCUCUUUGGAGAAGCAAAUGUCCAAGGAAGCAAAAGAUGUUGCUCUCCAAGACAUCACGGCAAUGAAAGCCGAGUUGGAUGAGAGGAGAGGCUACGUGUUAUCCCUCGAAGGGCAGGUGGAGCAACAGAAGCAAUCCAUCCAGGCACAUCAACAGACCUCUGCUGAAUUCGAGGCAAAGCUUCAGGAGGCCUCCGCAUCAAAGGUCGCACUCACGACCCAGCUGGAGGAUGCUUUGAAAGCAUGUCAAGAUUCCAAGACCGACCUCGAGGCUGGCCUUCGGAACAUUUUUGAGCGCGUGGUAGCAUUGGUCGAGAGCCAUCAGGUUGACUCUGAUCCGGAGCAAGGCGUUCGGAUCGGGUCACAUAGCCAGGUGAAGGCGUGCCGCGUCGCUCGAUCUGUGGUGAUGCUUCAAUCUGCAAACGUCGUCGGAGAGACGUGGGGAGCUCGGAUUGCCAUCCCAAGGCGAGGGAUUUGGAGGCUGGUGCUCUCGGCGGAAGGACGGUGCUGGGUGCUGGGAUGGUCCAAGAUGGUCGAAGUGUUCGGUGGUCUGGUUCCGCCUUUGUUUUUGAAGGUGCUUGCAGAUGCCUUUGAACAGAUGCAGCUGUCCAAGGAAUCACAGAAGAGAGCUCUUGAGGGCUUGACAGGAUUGAAGUCAGAGUUGGAAGAGAAGAAGAACCAUGUCCUGUCCCUCCAAGAGCAGAUGCAACAGCAGAAAGAGUUGCUGGAUGCACAUGAGGAAGGUGCGGCUGAAGUGCAGCUUAAGGAAACCUUGGCUUCCAAGGAAGCACUCGUUGCAGAGUUGGAGGAGCGCAAAGCAUCAGCAGCCGUGGCGGCGGAAUCCCAAGCUGAGCUAGCAAGGAAAGUCGCAGAGUCCGCAAAUGAAGUAGCGGCUCUGCGACAGGAACUUGCAACCGCCGAGGAUGCCUUGAGCUCAUGCCAAACAUCCAAGAGAGAAGUAGAGGAGGCGAAGUCUACUAUUGAAGCCAGGCUCCAGGAAGCAGAGGCAUCGCAGGCUUCUCUGACCGAAGAGUUGCAGGAGGCCAGGGCAACUGCGACAGCAUCCGAAACUUCGAAAACCGAGCUCAGCCAAAAAGUCUCGGAAGCCAAUGAGCGUAUGGCUGCUCUACAGAUACAAGUGACUACUUCCGAGGAUUCUUUGAGCUCCUGUCAAAGCUCGAAAACAGCGCUUGAGGCAGGCCUCCAGAACCUCCGGGAGAGAGUGGUGACGUUGGUGCGGAGCUACCAGGUUGAUGCAGAGGCGGAGCAAGGUGAAGGCGUGCCGCGGCGCUCGAUCUGUGGUGAUGCUUCAAUCUGCAAACGUCGUCGGAGAGACGGCGAGGGAUUUGGAGGCUGGUGCUCUCGGCGGAAGGAAGAAGCAGUUGAAGUGGCUGAAGUUGCAGCACAGUUAGAGGUGCUCGCAGAGACCUUGGCGCAGAUGCAGCGUGCGGAGGAAUCACAGAAGAGAGCUCUUGAGGGCUUGACAGGAUUGAAGUCAGAGUUGGAAGAGAAGAAGAACCAUGUCCUGUCCCUCCAAGAGCAGAUGCAACAACAGAAAGAGUUGCUGGAUGCACAUGAGGAAGGUGCGGCUGAAGUGCAGCUUAAGGAAACCUUGGCUUCCAAGGAAGCACUCGUUGCAGAGUUGGAGGAGCGCAAAGCAUCAGCAGCCGUGGCGGCGGAAUCCCAAGCUGAGCUAGCAAGGAAAGUCGCAGAGUCCGCAAAUGAAGUAGCGGCUCUGCGACAGGAACUUGCAACCGCCGAGGAUGCCUUGAGCUCAUGCCAAACAUCCAAGAGAGAAGUAGAGGAGGCGAAGUCUACUAUUGAAGCCAGGCUCCAGGAAGCAGAGGCAUCGCAGGCUUCUCUGACCGAAGAGUUGCAGGAGGCCAGGGCAACUGCGACAGCAUCCGAAACUUCGAAAACCGAGCUCAGCCAAAAAGUCUCGGAAGCCAAUGAGCGUGUGGCUGCUCUACAGAUACAAGUGACUACUUCCGAGGAUUCUUUGAGCUCCUGUCAAAGCUCGAAAACAGCGCUUGAGGCAGGCCUCCAGAACCUCCGGGAGAGAGUGGUGACGUUGGUGCGGAGCUACCAGGUUGAUGCAGAGGCGGAGCAAGGUGAAGGCGUGCCGCGGCGCUCGAUCUGUGGUGAUGCUUCAAUCUGCAAACGUCGUCGGAGAGACGGCGAGGGAUUUGGAGGCUGGUGCUCUCGGCGGAAGGAAGAAGCAGUUGAAGUGGCUGAAGUUGCAGCACAGUUAGAGGUGCUCGCAGAGACCUUGGCGCGGAUGCAGCGUGCGGAGGAAUCACAGAAGAGAGCUCUUGAGGGCUUGACAGGAUUGAAGUCAGAGUUGGAAGAGAAGAAGAACCAUGUCCUGUCCCUCCAAGAGCAGAUGCAACAGCAGAAAGAGUUGCUGGAUGCACAUGAGGAAGGUGCGGCUGAAGUGCAGCUUAAGGAAACCUUGGCUUCCAAGGAAGCACUCGUUGCAGAGUUGGAGGAGCGCAAAGCAUCAGCAGCCGUGGCGGCGGAAUCCCAAGCUGAGCUAGCAAGGAAAGUCGCAGAGUCCGCAAAUGAAGUAGCGGCUCUGCGACAGGAACUUGCAACCGCCGAGGAUGCCUUGAGCUCAUGCCAAACAUCCAAGAGAGAAGUAGAGGAGGCGAAGUCUACUAUUGAAGCCAGGCUCCAGGAAGCAGAGGCAUCGCAGGCUUCUCUGACCGAAGAGUUGCAGGAGGCCAGGGCAACUGCGACAGCAUCCGAAACUUCGAAAACCGAGCUCAGCCAAAAAGUCUCGGAAGCCAAUGAGCGUGUGGCUGCUCUACAGAUACAAGUGACUACUUCCGAGGAUUCUUUGAGCUCCUGUCAAAGCUCGAAAACAGCGCUUGAGGCAGGCCUCCAGAACCUCCGGGAGAGAGUGGUGACGUUGGUGCGGAGCUACCAGGUUGAUGCAGAGGCGGAGCAAGGUGAAGGCGUGCCGCGGCGCUCGAUCUGUGGUGAUGCUUCAAUCUGCAAACGUCGUCGGAGAGACGGCGAGGGAUUUGGAGGCUGGUGCUCUCGGCGGAAGGAAGAUGCAGUUGAAGUGGCUGAAGUUGCAGCACAGUUAGAGGUGCUCGCAGAGACCUUGGAGCGGAUGCAACGUGCGGAGGAUGCCUUGAGCUCAUGCCAAACAUCCAAGAGAGAAGUAGAGGAGGCGAAGUCUACUAUUGAAGCCAGGCUCCAGGAAGCAGAGGCAUCGCAGGCUUCUCUGACCGAAGAGUUGCAGGAGGCCAGGGCAACUGCGACAGCAUCCGAAACUUCGAAAACCGAGCUCAGCCAAAAAGUCUCGGAAGCCAAUGAGCGUGUGGCUGCUCUACAGAUACAAGUGACUACUUCCGAGGAUUCUUUGAGCUCCUGUCAAAGCUCGAAAACAGCGCUUGAGGCAGGCCUCCAGAACCUCCGGGAGAGAGUGGUGACGUUGGUGCGGAGCUACCAGGUUGAUGCAGAGGCGGAGCAAGGUGAAGGCGUGCCGCGGCGCUCGAUCUGUGGUGAUGCUUCAAUCUGCAAACGUCGUCGGAGAGACGGCGAGGGAUUUGGAGGCUGGUGCUCUCGGCGGAAGGAAGAUGCAGUUGAAGUGGCUGAAGUUGCAGCACAGUUAGAGGUGCUCGCAGAGACCUUGGAGCGGAUGCAUGCCAAGGCCAUGGCUCUCAGGGCUUCCGAGAUAGCGCCGCAACUUGAGGUGGCUUCCGCAGCCUCGGCUGAAGUUCCUGAGCGUCCGCAGGUGACACCAUUCAGUCCGCAGACAGAUGCCGAAGAUGGUGCAGAAGGCGAUGAGCGAUGAGUGCCCAGUUCUGGAAGUCAAGGACGCCGCUGAACUUUUGAACAGCUGUAAUUCAACAAGAAAAAGCUCCCUUCUCUUAGAAUUCUUAGAUGUUAGUCCUACCGGGUUCCGGUACGGUCCUUGAAAUCUCGCCACAAUGUGAAAA